AUGUCGCGGAAGACCAUCUUUUUGAUGGGAGCUCCAUCAGGGAGACUAGAGUGGAAUGGCACUGACCUGCUUGAGACUGCUGUACCUCCAUUCAAAUCUUCCGGUCCGCGUAUUGGCACUUCAUCCGAGACGAAAUGGAGGGUUCUGCAAAGAGGGAGCGGAAAACAAUCCUCUUCUUCCAUAUGGACAGGAAAUACGCUCUUUUUAGACACCACCAAUCUGAUUUUUAAGAUUCCCAGAACGUCUGACGAUGUGCUUUCGCAAUUCUAUGAGCACUCGCUAUCUAUCUUAGGAGCGAGUUAUUCGUCCGAGUCAGAUAACAAUGAUACAACAUUGGCUCUGGAUGAUAGUGAUAUCGAUGAGAGCAUGCAUUUGGUGGCCGGCCCGAAAGCUACUACACCCUCUUUCGAUUUCCCCAACGAAUUACAUGACAUAAAAGACAUUCCUAAUGCCGCAUAUCUUCGGUCAAUUAUCCCACAAACCCCGAGCGUCACUUUGGUUGUUGCUAUUGUAGGAAUUAAUCCCUUGCGGCGAGUUACUGCGCGACACUCGAAACAGGAAUUGGAUAUCCUUGAACUCAUUGUGGGAGAUGAGACUAGGACCGGCUUCGGGGUUACAUUCUGGCUUCCAUUGUCAAAGGGAACAAAAGAAACACAUGGGAAACUGGUCUCCGAUGGCAACUCUGAAUUUAGGGAGAAAAUCUGUUCCUUGCGCCCCCGGGAUAUUGUUCUUAUCAGAAACGUGGGACUCGGUUCCUUUCGAGACCUAGUAUACGGGCAAAGCCUCAGACGAGGUAUGACCAAGGUUGACCUUUUACAUCGACAGGAAUGCCAUUCUACAGACGAUUAUGGCAUAUAUUCUGCCGGUGUGAUUGACACAGCAAGCGGCGACGACAGACUACUUACAAAAGUGCGAAAAGUGCGAAGCUGGCUGAUGAAUUUCGUUGGGAUCAAGGCACACUAUGACAGCCAUAGUUUAGGUCGACUGCUGCCCCCGGACACGCAAUAG